CUAUAUUUCUGGAUAUUUUGGAUUUUGUAAAUGGCUUUAAUGUAACAAGAGCACAAGGGAAGUUUAUGCUGCCUAGUGAGUUAGUUUGUAGGCUUUUAUUUCAGUCCUUUCUAUUUAUUAUAAACUGACAUCAUGCAGCCUCCAUUGCUUGACUAGCCCGUUCCUAGAAUCUAUCGCGUACCAGGCAGGGUAAAGGACCUGUACUGUAAAAACCUGUGCCAUACUGUCGGGGUUUACGCUCUCCACUGGGCUACUACGAGCUGGAGAGGAGACGCAUGCGUACUGACUUGGAGCAGCCGGUAGGGAAAAAAAGCCUUAUGUGCCAUCGGAUGUAAUCAAGGCAAAGAAUUACCUCUUCUCGCUGUGCAUACAUGGUGAAAUUGUAAGUACUGGUGGCAAACCGAUGUAUCAUUGCACGGACAUUUCGCAAGUGGAGUAUUUGAGGCCGUUUCCCAGUAUUUUAAAUGGCAUGUUACUGUCUUGCUGUACAGUGGGCUUAUAACAGAUCUAGGCAGUGUCUUUUUGGUGGUCGUCCAGGGCGAAGAAGCUCUACGGUUCUUCGUGGUGGCACUUUCCAUUGAUGUGCUGUGCGAGUUGCUAAUGCAAUGGUUUCUGCUGAUAAAAUCGCUCAGGAGCCAUUACAUCCCAGUGUCGUUCACAUUUCUGCUACGCCCAUGGGAUCAGAGCGGAUGGAGAUGCGAAAGAGGCAGAUGUCGGUGCAGCAGGAGUCGGCAGCGGGGGGAACUGCACCGGCCCAGCAGGACCAGCCGGGCCAGGCCAACCCACGGGGCUCAAAUGCAUGUUGCUUCUGCUGGUGCUGCUGCUGUAGCUGCUCUUGGAAUGAAGACCGGGAUGAAAGGAACCGAAAGGCUUCUCAUGACGUCAAGGAAGGGACCGCAGACUGUGAAGACUGCCCGAAGCCCACGCUGGAGGAGGUGUGCUCGUGGGGGCAGUCGUUUGACAAGCUAAUGUGUUGCCCAGCGGGGAGGAACUCCUUCCGGCAAUUUCUUCGCACCGAGUUCAGCGAGGAGAACAUGCUCUUCUGGUUAGCCUGUGAGGAGUUCAUCAAAGACGCCAAUAAGACUCCAGUAGAGGAGAGGGCUCGUGUCAUCUAUGAGGACUACAUUUCCAUUCUCUCGCCCAAAGAGGUGAGCCUUGACUCCCGUGUGCGUGAGUCAAUCAACAGGAACAUGCAGGAACCCAACUUGCAGACGUUCGAAGAUGCCCAGCUGCAGAUCUACACACUGAUGCAAAGAGACUCAUAUCCCCGCUACAUGAACUCCCAAGCCUACAAAAACCUGCUCAACACUCUGUCAGAGCAGUCCCCCGAAUCUUAGGGUGGUGAUGACCUGUGAUAUUUUAACUGUCUUUAUCCCCCCCCCAAUCCUUAUUCCCUUUUUUAAAAUUUUCUUUGUAUGUUCAGUGUAGGAUUACAUGAACCUGGCCUCGGGCCUGGCCCCUCCCAGGGAUUUCAGCGCUAUUGUGAUCUGCACCUGACCGAAGACACUCAGGUCUCAAAACUCCCGAGGGCUCGACAUCACAAGUACUGCUACAGAUCAACAUAGCAAAACACUCCAAAGGAAUAUGAAUACAUUUUGUUUCUGUUUUAUUUUUCUUUCUUUUGAUAGAAAUAAUCUAUUUUAUUUGUGUUCAGAG